UGAUGAAAAGUUUUCAGUUUGAGCGCGAGCUUUCACUGUAGUGUACACAUUAGUAGAAACUGUUCGUUGAUAUAUUGGACACUGUCCAAGUAUCGUACUCAUUACAAAUUCAAAAGUUAAGAUUAUUAAUCUAACAAAACAAUUCUGUGCAUACUAAAAAUCUUUGUCAAUUUGUUAAACAACAAUUAAUAAAAAUAAAUAUCAACAUUGUAAUCAGCUAAAUAUACUUCAACUACCUAAUUACUUAACCGAUUAUUGUUUGUGAUAAAAACUACGAUUACAAUCGACCUACUGAAAUAAAAACACAACAUUGAAACUAAAAAAAAAACACUUAAACACAAACUAGACUUUUUAUUAGUCGGCCGAAAAACUUUAAACAGUGAACAUUGACGAAAGUAGAGAGUCGAUUUUAAUUAUUUCUUUUCGGAGAAUUCUAAAGGAGAUAACACACUAUCCUUUACCGUGGCCUUUGAGGACGUUCCGCUCGGGUCCGGCGGUGCAGCCGUCCCGAAACUAACGCGGACCACAUCAAGACAGUGCAUAGCUUGCGACCACCGCGCCAAACUGCUGCCGGAGAUACCAGAGCCGGUGUCAGCUCCGCCGGUGCUGAUACCGACUCCCGUGCCCGAGGAACCGGUCUUUGUACGACAAACCCGUGAAACCGGCACCGUGAUGACGGCGAAACCGGAGACCGUACGAGAAGUGCUGGAGGACAGGGACCCUAACAGCUUGAACCAACACGUGCAGAUAGUAUGGGACGACAUAAUCGGCGAGCCGGAGGGCGCCCGGAGCCCGGAGUGCGCGUGGAGGCUGAGCCACGCGUGCUUCCGCCACGCGCGCAACUGGUGCUACACCGUGCUGGCCGUCAUACUGGCGCCGCCCUGCGCACUGCUGCUCGGCUGCGGGUUCGCUUGCCUCGCUUUUGAGCAAAUCUGGUGCACAGCGCCGUGUCUCCGCUGCGUGAAGAUCUACUUCGCAUCACUGCGCACGAUGGUGCAGUCCUGCAUGGCAGCCAUUGUGGUGCCGGCUGCAGACGCCGUGGGACACGUCUGCAGGCACAUCAGGGUCAACUUUAGGAAGGAUGCUCCCGAGGAAAAGGAUCUACUAAUCAUUUAAGAAUGGAAAUAGAGAAUCUUCAUCAUCAUCAUCAACUGGAAGAUGUCCACUACUGAGUAAAGGCCUCCCUUGGUGAACAACUAACCAUUAACAUUUUUUCUUAUACCACGACGAUGGCAAAAUCACACAGCCCACCUGGUGGUAAGUGGUUACCGUGGCCUAUAAACAUUUACCUACUGAAUUCUUGCGACACUGACAAUGUCGUCAGUCCACCUAGAGGGGAGCCUCCCUACGUCUUCCGAUCCAUGGUCGCCACUCAAGGACAUUCUUGGCCCAUUAACUUCCAUUUCUUCAAGCGAAAGAGUCUUCAUAACGGAGGAAGAAUUGACCAAUACUCUUAAUGAUAGUGUAAAUUAUAAGGCGUGAUGUACUGUGCCAUAGUUGUAAUUAAAUAUUUAAAGUAACGUCUUUGCUAAAUGUCCAUUGUAUAACCUAGUCAUAAAUGGUAAGAUAAACUUUUUAACUAAAUAUUAUUAAUAAAAUUAAAUAUAUCGUCCUAAUCGUAUUCAGUGUACUUAAUAAUGUAAGGAAACCUAUGUUUUAAAUGAAAAUAGAAAACAUGAAAUAUUCGCCAUAAGUGCCUUGUAGGGAAUUUAUUAUUGUUUAAGAAAAAAAUAUAUAAAACCUACUCGUUUUUGCACUAAAAUUUCUACUUGUCAAAGUAUAUUGUAAUUAAAUAAGGACUAGAUAAAAACUUUAAUUAAAAAUAUGGUUUAAAAAU